AGGGGUCCCUGGUAUCAAUGGACCAAAGUGUAAUUCCACAGUCACACAUCUAUCAGUUCUGACGUGGUCACCAACGUGACGAAAAUAUUAAAGCAGAUUCGCUCUGGUGAAUAAUCUGUUGUAUAAAUACAGCCUGUGGGAUGAAGAGGAGCUCUGUGCGUGCAGACCUCUCCAGGUAAACUACAGAAAUAAAAACUCGUCACCGAGGCAGCUGUUACAGUCAGGUUUAGAAAGUUACUGAAAACCUGAUACUUUCCAAACAGAAACAUUGUUUCUCCUUUAACAUUUUUCAAGCACAAGGCAAAAUAGUGUCUAAAAUGGAAUUGCAUAAGGCAGCUACAGAAAUGAACGGGGUUUGCAACGGAAAGAUUGUCACAGAGUUCAAUUGCCGCAACGGGUUUAGCGAGCUAGCAAUAGAGGCGAAGAAAGCAGCAGUGCAGUGCAAGCACGACAAGUCCCGCAAGAAAUGUGAGGAUGAGUCAAAUCUGCAGGCGCUAGAGGAUGCGUACACCACCAUCCUCCAGGGUCUGGGGGAGAACACCGACCGCCAGGGUCUGCUGAUGACGCCGCGCAGAGCGGCCAAAGCGAUGCAGUUCCUUACCAAAGGGUACCACGAAACCAUCUACGAAAUCCUGAAUGAUGCCAUCUUUGAUGAAGACCAUGAUGAAAUGGUGAUUGUGAAGGACAUCGACAUGUUUUCACUCUGUGAACAUCAUCUGGUGCCUUUCUUUGGCAGGGUUCACAUAGGCUAUCUGCCAAGCAAAAAAGUUGUCGGGCUGAGCAAGCUGGCAAGGAUUGUUGAAAUCUACAGCCGAAGACUUCAAGUUCAGGAGCGCCUGACGAAGCAGAUUGCUGUCGCCAUUUCGGAGGCGCUGAAGCCUGCAGGGGUCGCUGUUGUCAUCGAGGCCGCGCACAUGUGCAUGGUGAUGCGAGGUGUACAGAAGAUGAAUAGCCGCACUGUGACCAGCACCAUGCUGGGGGUGUUCAGGGAGGACCCCAAGACCCGUGAGGAGUUCCUGUCCCUGAUUAAAAGCUAAUGAACCUCUGACCCAGACGGCCAUCCCUCAAACACUGUCCACACAACACAGACUCAUCCACUGGGCUCUCUCCGUCUCUCUGCAACAAUACGCUUUUCCAAAAAGCUUUUCUAUUUGUUAAUGUCUGGUGAAUAGGCAACACGUUGCUUUAUGUUGUUAGUGCUCUCUGUGAUCUCUUUAGUUAUGGGAAACCCAACUUGAGUAGCUAAGAACUGGGUCAGCACAUCUAAGGUUUUCUCAGCCCUGAGCAUUACAUGACCAGAUCCUCUGAUCUCUAGCAACUAGAGCUGCUCUACAUAUCAGUGCCAUGCGGGUUUCCUGCCAAUUAGCAUAGGAGAAAAGGAGGCUGGCCCCAGUCAGGUUCAUCAUCCUCAUCACUGGCUUAGUAGCAUUCCAGCCUUUUCCAGAUUUCUCUCAUCAGUACAGCAACAACCUUCAUUCGCAGAGGGGGGUCCUGACUGGAUUAGUGGGUGAUGUAUCUCACCCAAAUCUCCCAAGCACACUUCUGCCAUCAGUACUUUUCAGAAAGACUCCAUGUCAUGUACUGUAAGCUGCCAGAGAGCUAUUUCUCUCAGUGGGAUCAGGGAUGGUUUUCAACUAAAAAUAUGUAUUUCUUUUAUAUAUUGGAAAUUAUAUUCCAGUACUGUAACUUUAUUUGUUGUUCCACAAUUGCCUCAACCUUGGUCAAAGACUAUAAGAAAACAUGUUAAUGUUUUCAAUCUCAGUACAUAGCAGUAGAUCCUCAUUAGAAUUACUCUUUGAUUACCUCGUGUUGAUUUUGUUAGGCAAACUCAAGACUGAUUUAAAUUAAAGCCUUUGAAACCACUCCCGAGCAUUUAUAUCCCUUAUAUGAAUUAAACUUAACAUAGGCAGUAUAUUUAGUUUAGUGGUUCUUUACUAAUUUUCUUUUGAGCAACAACAGUGAAAGAAAAAACAUUCAAUGUGAAACUAAGAUACUGUAUGUAGAUGCUUUUAUCCUAUCGAAAUCUGUGCCUUGACAUCUUCUGUGCAAUAUCUAUGACACCAGAAAACACAUGUUGUACAUAAUAUAUAAAUAUUUGAGGAAAGAGAUCAAAUAAGAUUUUUUAUUGCACAAAUCUAAUAUUUUGAUACUUGUUUCAUACCUAACAGAAACACUUCUUCAAAUGUACUAUGUAGAGAAGUUCAGGUAAUUAAGAUGAUUUUCUACUCCUGAGAAACAAAACUGCUCCUGUUCCUCUGCGAAUCAACGAGAUUAAGUAGUUAUUUAUUUUGCAUAAUGUUUCUGUAGGACCUGUUCACAUAAAGAACACAGUUUAGAAGGAAACAUGCAAAUAAUUGGACAUCAAUCGUGUACAGUUUCUCAGUAAUAUUCCAAAUGUGAACGUGUGGAGUAAAACUGCUUUAAGCUGAGUUAGCACUGAGAUACAGGCUUCUUAUUUUUUCUUAUUUUGAGCCGAUGCACAAAUGACUCUGCUGCAGUAGACUGAACUUUUCAGUGUGACUUUUUUUAAAAACAAUUAGUGUUAUCUGAGUGUUUAUUGAAAUGUUCAAAUCUGAGUCCCUGCUGUGAAGGAGCUGAAGGGAACUCUCAUCUUAACAGAUGGCAAAUGGUUGGGAUUUGGAGUGAAACCUUUUGAAAAUAUGUUUAGCACUGAUUCCUACAGGACAAAACCACUCUAUACAGGGCCAUAUACGGUCAGUAGAACUAGCCUAGAAAUACUCCAUUAAUGAACUUGAAACACAGUAACAUUCACAAGAGGACAUUUCUAAAUCCAAACCUAUCAAUUUCCCGGGUUACUGAGCAGCUCCCUAGCAGUUAUACUGAGGGGACACCUACUAUAUUGCCAGGGACAGCUAUAAGUAUUUCUGAGGUAAAAGUACUACAUCUGUCACCCAGUAUUGGUUUAAAAUCUGCAUCAUUACUGGGACCUUACACGGUUAUAUUUCACUAUAGCUGUAUGUGCUGUACGUGUGUGUGUUUCUAUGACUCUCUCUACAUAUAUUUUUAUUGUAUUCAAGGAAUGGCAUUGGUUAAUUUAGCUCUGAUGUAACGUGAGGUCCUUACGGCAUUAACUAAAUCUUUGAUUUUAAUACUGUUUUUUGUAAACUUGUUUUUUCUGAAUGAUACACAUAAUUCUAAUGUUAACUGCUACCUUUGUGUGACUGUAAUUCACAUGUUUACAUUUAGGAGUGUGCUUUGUGGAAAUGUUAUGCUGUAUUUAAAAAAUAAAUGACUCUCCUUUGCCAUAAC